AUGGAGAAUCCUGGACAGAACAUUUAUCUCUGGAAUCCAAUUUGUAGAAAAUUCAAAAGGCUUCCGCAACUUGGACCCUCAAUGGAGAAUGAUUCUUCUUUUCGUCUGAAUGCUGGUGUGAGUUUCGGAUAUGAUGGUGAUGAUUAUAAGGUGAUAGUAAUUGCUCACCUAGACGAAUCAUACGUAGUUUCUGUUUAUAGCUUGACUACUAAUAGCUGGAAAUAUAUCAACACUAAUUUUUAUACUGAAGCAGCUAGCGAUGAGUAUUUCUUUCGAACCACCAAGUUUGUAGAUGGUACCGCUUAUAUGACGACAUCUAGCCGGGUAGUUGUUUGUUUUGAGUUGAUCAAUGAGACCAUUCGAGUCAUCGAGUUUCCAAAAGAAUUUUCUGAAAAUACUGCUGUCACUAUGGAAGCAUAG